AUGGAUACCUCCAAAGUCUCAAUAUUCAAGACUUAUGAAAAGCCUCGAGGUCAAGGAGGUGCGAGUUCUUUCGCAACCUUCAUGAUCAUCGGUCCCGUAUGCUUCUUCCUGGGUAUUCUCUUCUCCUCCUUCCCCUACGAUUAUCCUCUCCUCUGGACCACCGAAAGCACACCGGAUGCCUACUACAGUUUCAUCGAAGAGCACCUAAAAUUCAUGCACGCCUCUCCCCCGAUCAUCCCACGUAUCCUGCACAUCGUCAUCUCGGUCGGAUUCAUCGGGAUCUUCAUUAAGCUCUUUAAGCCCUCGGAAGCCAACCUUCUGUUUGAUGGCGCAUCGCUUGUUCUGUAUGUCGUGGGCGUCGUGGUCUAUAUCACCAACAUUGUAAAAGGAAUGCGCAUUGUGACGCUCGGGUUAUAUGGAGAAGCAGGUGCGCCAGAAGGAGAACCAGGGGUGGGAAGAGAAGAUAGUUUGAGGGUUUUGGCAGCGAGUAAUACGAUUUUGGCUUUGGUGUUGGUGGGAGUGUUGGUCUUGCAGGCGGGUCAGUGGUAUGCGGAGCGCAAGGAUCAUGAUGAGACGGAAAAGUAUGAGAAGAAGGAACAAGAGAAAAAGGAACAAGAGAAGAAGCAGAGGAGUGGAAGUGGGCACGUAACGAGAUCGGUGUCGAAGAAGAGACAGUGA